AGAAGAAAGAGGCAGGAGCAGUGUCUUCUGGCGCUUGAAUCAUCAACGAUACAUCGGAUCAAACCCUUCUGCACACAAUUUUUGAUUCUCGCAAACCUUUUAACUGUUUUCAUUACUCCAUUCAUUUGAAAUCAUACUUAUAACCACAUUAUGGAAGAUAUCGAUACCACCUCCUCCGGAGGUAACAACCAAGGCGAAGAUGCCGUUCUCAACACGUUCGACCUCUAUCUCGACAACGUCGACGAAGCCACCAAUGUGCCCAGCGAGAUGACACACAGGAAAGAGUCGCCCCUUGACGAAGAGCUAGCCCAAAUAAGACUACCUGCGAGUUUCAAUGGCCUCAUGGACGAUUACAGUCUAGCCCUUGGAACAGGACACGAGUGUGCGGAAAUGGCGUUUCCCAGACUAGAUGCCAUCCUCUUUCUCUUGCUAGCCGAAAUGAAAACGAGAUAUCCCACGGCCUUGCAACCCACCGAUUAUACACCGAGCUUUUUCAGUCAGGUUCCUCUUGUUGUGGACCGUCGGGUUGCGGGGGUCCCUGAUUCUUAUCAGGAAACAGUGGACUACAUGCUGUGUUAUGGAUCGAUCCCGGCCUUGGAAACGAAUCUUCUGGUGUUUAGGGAUAAGGUGCUUCGUUCGGAUGCGAGGACUCGCACGGCCAUCUCGGUGAUUAAUCGGGUUCGGAGGAACAAUCGCUUCAAGGCAGCCAUCUAUGGCAUUUACACGAAUUCCUAUCAAUGGACCUUUCUGAAUUACGAUGAUAAUGGAGUGUGCGCCGUUCUAGAGCUGCGGUGGAAAGAGUCCCGGCAAACGAUAAUUUCUCGCAUCUGCAAAAUAUAUCUCGAGGCGAUCGCUUUGGCUGCCGAAGCGAGGUAAAGCAGAUUGAAGUUCUUGAAGCCCAGAGUCAUACCAGUAUUCCUGAUGAUAGUGUCUGCGUGUUUUCAGCGCGUCUCUGGUAGUUUAGUUCAGUUUAGUUUCAAUCCAUAUUCUUUAACCUAA